AUGAGCAUAGACGAAGCUGACAUGGCGGCAGGCCUGGUGGCUGCAGCACGCCACGUGGCAGAUGGGGAUGCUGACGUGGUGCAUGAGGUGUUUGAUGCCCUGCCCUUCCACUUCCAACCGGAACUGGCCUGCCUGCCUCCUGUUCUGCGCCUGCUGGACCCUCUCAGCCAAAUCAUUCUUCACGGGCGGACAGUGUCUCUCGUCCAGGACGCGUGUCUCUGUGUGCUGGCUGUGGCGCGGGGAUCAGAAGCGGGCAUGCGGGCAUGCAGGGAGCAAGGCGUGCUUGGGGUGGUUGCUAGCUCCCUUUCUGCCAUCUCAGACCCUUCCUGUGCAUCUCUUGCAACGGACCUGCUAUGCGUUCUGGUCAAUGCUGCGUCUCCCCUCGAUAUCUCCCAUCAGGGAGACUCGCUUGCUGCUGCUGUCCCAGCCCUAGCAAGGCAAUUAGCAGCAAGCCAAGACAGCAGCAGCAGGCACAAAAUAGUCACCCUGCUGCUCGCCCUGCUCUCACCAACUCAACAACGCGACUCAGGCCUGCGCCCUGCACUCUCUAGCUCUACUCAAAACGCCAUAGAGCCAGACCAGUCCGAGAAUCCGGUGGUGCAGGGCUUUAAGAGCCUAGAGCCAAUUGUUGCCGGUCGAGCGUGGGCGGCAGGCCUUCGGAGGGGCAUUCAGAUCAUCCUCUUGUCUACCACUGCAUCCCCUGAGAGUCAACAAGACGCUUUUCACCUGGCGCAUGUGGUUACCAGCAUUCUUGGCGAUUCCUGGCUCGCUGGGCCUCCUGAAAAUACACCUGAGGAUUCCCCUAUCCUGUCUUCUCCAGAAAGUUUAUUGGACUAUGGUUUUGUGCUGGCUCUCAUGCGAGCAGCCAAGCAGGAGAUUCCUGGCCUUCUCGACACCCUAGCUCGUCUUACAAUUGAAGCUGAACCCGACACUGACCCCAACACUGACCCCGGAACUGACCCCAGAACUGACCCCGGUUCUGACCCGAUUACUGAAACCAACACUGACCCGCAUCAACCAGAUGACAGCUUAGAGCAGAACAGCAUGCGGGAAAGGAAUGGGGAAGACUGUAACCGAGAAGCAGCAGAGAUUGCAGAGAGUAACACUGAGAGUGGUAACCACAUGCUCAAUGGUAACCACACUCUCAGUGCUGGUAACCACACUCUCAGUGCUGAGUUUGCAGCUAUGGAGGAGGACGCGGGAGGUGCGGAGGACACCGGACCUCCAGAUGAGGUUCGGCAGGCACAGCAGCAGCUAGACCGGUGCUUCGGAUUGGUGGAAGCGGUGGCGGGUCUACUAACGAAAGCUGGAGAAAAGGCUGAAGGGGAAGCUGCUAUACCAGCUGAAAGGCUUCUUGUUCAGAGCAAUGGGCAGACUCUAGGUCGCCAAUCUGAAAGACAGCUUUUCGUGAGGCUAUGUGCAAAGCUGGUGGACGGAGCAUUGAAGGAUGUGCUGGUGUUUCUGCAGUUGGCGCAGCAGCGGGAGUUGUGGUGUGGGGAGGCAGUGGUGGCGUGUGUGCGCGUGGUGGGGGCUUGCCUGGCUGCUGCACCUUUAGCUCACAGGAAGAGGGUUGGACGGCUGCUGGGGUUCCUGCUGGGAGUGACAGGGGCUCAAGAGGAAAGGCCACUCCUAGCCGUGCGCUACAUGCUGCCCGCGCUGGUGCACAUCACCAGUGAGCCACGUGGCUGCACGUCAUUGGUCAAGAGAGGAGGCCACAUCCACCUCAUAGACUACGUGGUGGAAGCAGCGCGCACCAACAUGCACCACCAGCUGCGGUCGGGACCCGAGGGGCAGGCCAGCCUCAUGCAGGCUGCUGACGUCAUCCUCAACAUCUUUGCAUGCCGGAAGCAAAUGCGAGUACCAUUGGAUCCGCACGACUUUGUGCCGCUGCUGCCAGCCAUGGCCGGAUGGAGCAGCGUCAAAGGCAAUGACCCCCGAACAACGUACAAGACCCUGGCUCUGGCAGCGUGUGUCAACGCGUCGAUUCUGGAGCUGUCAUGUGAAGAUGUGGUGAAGAAGCGGCUCGACCUGGCGACCUACAAGAAGCUCCCCAACUCGUUCGGGGUUAUUGUCAAAUUUCUCGAGUUCGGCCACCGGAAUAGCGGAUCGUUCAGUAGCGAGACGGAAAUUAAGGAACUCUGGGACAUCACUGUCGCAUCAUGCACGGAGUGCCUGCCCCUGUGGCCGCAGCUGAAGCGAGCGAUGGUGAAGUCAGAGUAUUGGGGGAAGGUGUCUCGAAACAAGCUGGUAACGCGGGAGCGCCUGAACCAGGUGUGCAAGGAUGCGAGGCUGAGGGAGCUGCUGGCAGUCGUGGCGUUCAGCUCGUGA